ACAAGCAAAAGCAGUAAAUCACACACAAAGAAAGACAGAAAAAAAUUGAUAGUUAUGAAAGGCCUUCUUCAUCUCCACCUCUUCCUAGUCACCAUGACCGUCAUUGCCUCCAUCUCCGCCGCUGCACCGGCCGCUCCAGCUGGUGGAGCUCUUGCUGACGAAUGCAGCCAGGAUUUUCAGAAGGUGACUUUGUGUCUGGACUUUGCCACCGGUAAGGCUACUACUCCGUCCAAGAAGUGCUGUGACGCUGUGGAAGAUAUCAAAGAGAGAGAUCCAAAGUGUUUGUGUUUCGUGAUACAACAAGCCAAGACAGGAGGACAAGCCUUGAAGGAUCUUGGUGUUCAAGAAGACAAGCUCAUUCAACUUCCUACUUCUUGUCAGAUCCACAACGCUAGCAUCAGCAAUUGUCCAAAGCUCCUAGGGCUUUCACCUAGCUCACCAGACGCAGCCGUAUUCACAAGCAAUGCCACAACAUCAACAUCACCGGUGGCGCCAGCUGGUAAGACUCCGGUAACUCCAGCAACGUCCACGGAGAAGGGAGGAUCAGCUUCCAUUAGGGAUGGCCACGCCGUCUUGGCUCUAGCCAUCACUUUGAUCACCGUCUCCUUCGUCUCGACCUUACCUAGACAUGUGACGUUAGGGAUGUAAUAAUGUUGUCUUUAUAAUGUGGUUGGUGCUUUUGUUUCAAAACUUAUCUUUCAAGUGUGUUUAUCUCUUUGUUCGGACAUUUGUUGCGAUGAGUCAACUUCCAACUUAAUUUGAUCUCUU